UUAAGUACAUUCACAAUGUUGUGCAACCAUCACUACUCUCCAUUUCCAAAAUGUUCCGUCACCUCAAACAGAAGUUCUGUACCUGCAAAACAGAACGGACAUACCUCAUUUUACUGCGCUUUGCUUUAUUGUGCUUCACAGAUCUGUUUCUCACAAAUGGAAGUUUGAAGCAACCCUGCGUCAAGCAAGUCUGUUGUUGCCAUUUUUCCAACAGCGUUUGCUCACCGCAUAUCUCUGUGUCACAGUUUGGUAAUUCUCACAGUAUUCCCAACUUUAUUGUUCAUUAUGGGGAUCUGUGAUCCGUGAUCUUUGAUGUUCCUGUUGUCAUGGGUUUUGAAGUACCAUGAACCGAGCCUAUGUGAGAUGGGGAACUUAACCUAUAAAUGUUGUGUGUCCUGACUGCCCCACCAACCCACCACUCCCUUUCUCCCUCCCUCUCCUUGGGUCUUCCUAGUCCCUGAGACAAAACAAUAUGGAACUUAGGCCAAUUAAUGACCCUACAGUGGCCUCUGAAAGGAAGAGAUCCACGUCUCUCAGUUUAAAUCAAAAGCUAGAAAUGAUGAAGCUUAGAGAGGCAUAUUGAAAAUUUAGGCCGAAAGCCAAGCCUCUUGAGCCAAAUGUUAGCCAAGUUGUGAACGCAGAGGAAGUCCUUGAAGGAAAUUAAAAGUGCUACUUUAGUGAACACUCGAACGAUAAGAAAGUGAAACAGCCUUAUUGCUGCUAUGGAGAAAGUCUGAGUGGUCUGGAGAGAAGAUCAGACCAGCCACCGCAUUCCCUUAAGCCAAAGCCUCAUCCAGAGCAAGGCCCGAACUCUCUUCAAUUCUGUGAAGGCUGGGAGAGGUGGGGAAGCUGCAGGAGAAAAGUCUGAAGCGAGCAGAGGAACGGCGAAUCAUCACACUCCUCUCGGUGGGCGUACGAGGACUUGGGCUGGGAGCAUGUGGCGCGUCCUGCGAGGCUGGAGGGGAGGACGUCUGGGCCCCUGGGGAGCCGUGGGGUGGCAGCGGCCCCCCAGCGUCCGCGCGCUGGCCGGCGCGGGCUCCGGGAGAGGGGACGAGUACAGUCACGUGGUGGUGGGUGCGGGCUCCGCGGGCUGUGUGCUGGCCGGGCGGCUCACCGAGGACCCCGACAAGCACGUGCUGCUGCUGGAGGCCGGGCCCAAGGACGUGCUCGCGGGCAGCAAGCGGCUCUUGUGGAAGAUCCACAUGCCCGCGGCCCUCGUGGCCAACCUGUGCGAUGACAGGUACAACUGGUGCUACCACACGGAGCCGCAGCCGGGCCUCGACGGCCGGGUGCUGUACUGGCCGCGCGGCCGGGUCUGGGGGGGCUCGUCGUCACUCAACGCCAUGGUCUACAUCCGCGGCCACGCCGAAGACUACAACCGCUGGCAGCGGGAAGGCGCGGCGGGCUGGGACUACGCGCGCUGCCUGCCCUACUUCCGCAAGGCGCAGAGCCACGAGCUGGGCGCUGGCACGUACCGCGGCGGCCAGGGCCCCCUGCACGUGUCCCGGGGCAGGACCAACCACCCGCUGCACCGCGCCUUCUUGGAGGCGGCGCAGCAGGCCGGCUACCCGCUCACCGAGGACAUGAACGGCUUCCAGCAAGAAGGCUUCGGAUGGAUGGACAUGACCAUCCACCAAGGCAAGCGCUGGAGCGCAGCGUGCGCCUACCUGCACCCGGCACUCAGCCGCCCCAACCUCACGGCCGAGGCGCAGACGUUUGUGAGCAAGGUGCUGUUUGAGGGCACCCGCGCGGUGGGUGUGGAGUACGUCAAGAACGGUCAGAGCCACAGGGCUUACGCCAGCACGGAGGUGAUUCUGAGCGGGGGUGCCAUCAACUCUCCACAACUGCUCAUGCUCUCGGGUGUCGGCAAUGCAGAUGACCUCAAGAAGCUGGGCAUCCCGGUGGUGUGCCACCUGCCUGGAGUGGGCCAGAACCUGCAGGACCACCUGGAGGUAUACAUCCAGCAGGCAUGCACCCUCCCCAUCACCCUGCACUCAGCGCAGAAGCCCCUGAGGAAGGUCUGGAUUGGUCUGGAGUGGCUCUGGAAGUUCACAGGGGAUGGAGCCACGGCACACCUGGAAACAGGAGGGUUCAUCCGGAGCCGGCCUGGGGUCCCCCACCCGGACAUCCAGUUCCAUUUCCUGCCGUCCCAAGUGAUUGACCAUGGCCGGGUCCCCACCCAGCAGGAGGCUUACCAGGUGCAUGUGGGGACCAUGCGGGGCACGAGCGUGGGCUGGCUCAAACUGAGAAGUGCCAACCCCCGGGACCACCCUGUGAUUCAACCCAACUACUUGUCAACAGAAACCGACAUUAAGGACUUCCGACAGUGUGUGAAGCUGACCAGAGAAAUUUUUGCCCAGAAAGCCCUGGCACCAUUCCGGGGGAAGGAGCUCCAGCCAGGAAGCCACGUGCAGUCAGAUAAAGAGAUAGAUGCCUUCGUGCGGGCAAAAGCAGACAGCGCCUACCACCCCUCGUGCACCUGCAAGAUGGGCCAGCCCUCUGAUCCCACGGCCGUGGUGGAUCCACAGACCAGGGUGCUUGGGGUGCAGAACCUCAGGGUGGUCGAUGCCUCCAUCAUGCCCAGUGUGGUCAGCGGCAACCUUAACGCCCCCACAAUCAUGAUCGCGGAGAAAGCAGCAGACAUCAUCAAGGGGCAGCCUGCACUCUGGGACGAGGACGUCCCUGUCUACAAGCCUGGGACCCUGGCCACCCAGCGGUGAGGCGGUCACUGCCCGAGAAGCCUCCUGCCAAGCCAAGAGGGUCAGCACAGCCCCUGCCCCCCCGUGCCCUUUCCUGAAACUGUCCAGAAUAUUACAGUUCAGUGGCUGAGAAUGUGUAAUUGCUUAGGCUGGAAGACCGGUAUCAGGCAGCGAAACAGGUUUCUUUUCCCCAGCAUUUUCCUGUGGGCGCCCCCCCCCACCACCACCCCCUGAAGGGGCAGUAGAGGGGACUGGGGGGGCAGGGCAGUGGAGGAGUAUGGCUAACUGCUGCCAUGGCCUUAUCUUAUACUCCAUGGCACUCUGCAACCCAGGGUCUUGGUCGGACAUGAGGGAAGCGGUUCUCUCCCAGGGCUCCCUUUUAAUUAAGGCAAGCCGCUCCAGAGGCUGGGUGCUGCCUAGACGGCACGGGGUUCUCGCGGUGGGGGGGCAUCCUCUGCCUCAGGCUGCCGGCUGUAGCUGAGGCCCGUGCCUAAGCCUCCAGUGUCCCCGUUCAGAGGGAAGGCUGCCUGCCUGAAGAAACACAGGCUUCUUUCUCUUCUGCUUCCUGAGUCCCCUCCCAGUUGGGUCACUCUGAGGGCCCACCUCUCCAAUGCUCUGGUUCUUACUAAGCACAGCCCGAUUUCUGGACCUUGUUCAGAGAAGAGUCUGGAGAGUCUCUUCACUACCAUAGGUUUCCUGAUUUUGCAUUUUAAAUGGUUUUCCUGUUACCAGGGAAACCUAGAAACCUAGAGCAAACCCCACAGACCAGACCUCUGCUCCAAGCCGAAGCAGCUAGUCCAAGAGGAUGCUUUCCUGUCAGCCUGGGGAGGCAACUCGCAGUGGACGAAACUGGCUAAUUCGUAUUCCGCAGCCAUCCACAGGAACAGACUGGGAUGGAGCUGAGGCUGAUGGAAAAAAACAGUUGAGGCACACUAUAUACCUGAUCCCGUGAAAAUAAAUGGGCAAAGGUUUGAGUUUUGGGGGGGGCGGGGGGAAACCAGAUACAAGUAGCAUUUAAAAUAGCUCUUUGAUCUUUCAACUUCCUAUAAUUCAACAACGUAAUCCAGUAACUGAUUUUUGAAUGGAGAUGCCUUAGCCAGACUAUUCUUACAAGGUAAUGAAAACUAAAUGAAUUUUGGAUUGAAGAUCUCUGAAGCCACCAUCUGCGGCAGGGGAGAAAAGACUUGUGCCCUGGAAACCUGCCCCGGAACAAGGAGGGGAGGGAAAGGGGGCAUUCCAGGCUUCGCCCAGGAUCAGAGUGGACUGAGAUGGCUUGGAGGCCAGACAGCCACAGCUUGCCAUUGUAAGACUUUCCAGAAAGAUGGGAAGAAGAAAACCAUCACACCUCUCCUUCCUUCACAAAUUUGAAAUAGCUCUGGUUUCAUCUUACCUGCCUCUUGCUUUAUUUUCUGUUCCAAGGGAGGGUCUAAGAGGGCCAAGAGAGAGGUUCCCCAUCUGUCCCGCAGCCGUGGUCCACAUCCACCAUACUCGGGGUCCCGGGACCGCCUGCAGGGGUGAAAGAACAGUGGGGCAGUGCGGGCCCCAACCCCCGCCCCCCACCCCGGCUCAGAGGGCCAACGAGUAGCAAGUUGGGUGGGUAGAGGGGUCCCAGGCCUGCGUGUGGCCGUGGCGCAGCCAUGCCGUUCCGUGGUCUCUGUGUGCUGCGGUGGUCUCCGUCUCUGGGACAGCGGCUGGCUUGCUACUGUGCCUGCAUCAUAAGCAGAAUGACCUAUUGUCAGAGGAGGUGCGUCAUGCUGUAUGGGCGGCCAGAUGACAUCUGGGCCCCUCCCCUACUCUUGGUCACUGAGCCUUGUUCCACACGAUCACGCAAUUUAGCCAUGUGCAGAAAUGAGUUCUCAGAAGAGAAGAUGGUGCGUGUUCUACACCCAGGCCCCACCAAAGUCAGAGCGGAACACUGUGCUGUUGGGGUUCAGCCACAGGGCAGAAUAUUGAGCUUAGGGGUGGCGGCUUGCUCGAGCCCUGACAGCUGAGUGUGCCGCCGUCUGGCAGAGUGGAACCUUGGCCCGCGUCGCUGCAGUGGGCUGUCACCAAGUUCCACUGCCAUGAGGGAACCCUGGACCUCAGAAAGAGGGCUGUUGGCUGAGGAAGCCCGAGAGGGGAGAAGAGUGCCCAUUGGGUCAGGCAGCCCUUGGGGCACCCAGACACCAAGCCAGCACUCAGCCCUGGGAGGAAGCUUAUUUAAGCCCCUUAGCAAAGAGCCCAUGAUACUAACCAAUGGAAGAAUGUACUUUGCAAACAAUGGUUGAAAACGUGUAACCGAGCUGUGUUUGUACCUGGAUCAGGCUCCGAGCAUGGACCCCUUCGAAGAAGCCUGUGUGUUCCAGCUGCUGCACAAGCAGAAGGUUCUUCCAGGUUGAACGGGGGACAGAAGGCACAGCUGGAGGAGUGGCCCGCUGGCAGCUGGACCAGGAAAUGGCAGGCCCUGGUACCCAGCUCCCUGCUCCUGGCUCCUGGACGCCCAGCCUUCCUGCUUCCAGGGCCGACUGUGGGAAUCCUCAUUUCCAUAAAUGCAAAUAGAGCCUGUCUCCAGCCAAACCCUCUUCCUCCCCACAAAGGCUGUUUCCUGUCUCCACCAACUUAACAUCAGAUCUAAUACCUACAUCCUUUUCUCUUAAAAAACCAGAAGAAAGCGCACGCCCUCUCCACCAGCCCAGUCUUGAGAGGCGAGCAGCCUCCCCAGUCCUCUCUCCUGCCGCCAUCCCCACUGGGUGUUUGCAAGGCCGCUCUCGCUGGUGCUCCCACGUUGGAGGCAGAGGCCCCAGGCCUGCUCCCCAUUCUCCUGCCUUCUCAGGUCCCCAGGAAAGAAGGACUAUCCUUUUGGAGAAAUAAAAACUUUAUCAACACA